AUACUGGCAGCAAAGUAGCUGAAGUUAUUCUCCAAUGUCUAACCAGAGAAGACAUACUAGCAGAAGGGCAAAUCCAGAGCCCAAUACUUGCUUUGGAGUAUUUGGCCUCAGUCUGUACACAACAGAGAUAAAUCUUCGUGAAGUAUGUUCUCAAUAUGGACUGUUGAAUGGUGCCAAUGAGUCUCGAGGAUUCACUUUUGUGUAUUUUGAGACAAUAGAUGACUCAAAGAAGGCUAUGGCAAGGGCAAAUGGAACGGAGCUGGAUAGUAGAAGAAUUCAGGUGGAUGAUUCUAUUACCAAGAGAACACACACACCUAUACCAGGCAUCUACAUGGGCAGAACAACUCAUAGUGGUGGUGGUAGAGGUGGUGGUAAAGGCAACAGUGGAGGUGGUGGCAGAUGUCGAGAUUCUUCCUAUGAUGGAAGGUAUGAUCAUGGAUAUGACAGAUAUGAAGACUAUGAUUACCAGUACAGAAGAUGAUCACCUUCUCCUUAUUAUAGUAGACAUAGAUCACAAUCAAGAUCUCAUUCCUAUAGCCCAAGAUGCUAUUGAUAAUGAAAUGGUUACAAUGAAGGACACUUUUUCCUCUUUAUCUUCUUUUUUCUCUUUCUUUUAAUUCUGGAUUUCCCCAAGCUUCUGAUUCUUCCUACUCUUUAAGAAGAAAAAAAAAUCUUUGGUUUGUUUAGUAUCUACAUU